AUGGAUGAGAAGCGUAGUCCGGAACAGGCUGGUGCCACAAAUCCGGCCCAUCCGCAUCCGAUUACCAGCGAUGAUGCCUCACUGCGAGAUCCCACGAUGCUCGGUCGGCACAGCUUGCAAAUAACCCAAGGUCAUCGUGUCGCCAUGUCACCUCAAUCCGACAGCGAGAAGAGGGCAGUCGGGGCAGACUCAAGCAAGGAUGUCAACAAGCCGGACCUAGACCUCGACGAGAAGAAGGCGAGAAGCUUGCACAACCUCGACACGGCCAACUCGCCAGUUCAUCCACCUCCCGUUUCGCCGACGCACCGCAAGACGAGACCAAGCCAUGAUUUCGACCGUCGUUACGAUGGCCCAUUCGGCCGCCCUUCCCUGGCGAUGACCCGGCGAUCCUCCCUGUCGCCGACCCGUUCUCCCCGACCUUCGGGCGUAUCCAUCCGGUCCCCACGCCCGUCUACGACGCACGCAGCCCACCCGGCUUCUCCUGUGGAUGAGGGAGCACCGUCGAGACCCACGUUCCAGCCGACCCCUCCUCCGCUAAACUACACUCUGCGUACCCGUAAACUCGCGAUAUUCCUCUUUUGGGCCUUGAUCCUCUUCGACUCCAUCGCGAUGCCGAUAGCUCUAUACUUUGGUCUUUGGUACGGCGUCGGGCCCGGGACCAACACGCCCACUGAGAAGAAGGAAAAGCUUACCCCAAACGCGGUCUUUUCAAUUGUCACCGCCGCGGUGGGAGGAGCCAGUAUCGUGGAGUACUUCCUCAGGUUCUGGCGCUUAUGGAGGAAGGGGAGUACGUGUAGAGUCAUCGGGGCGCAUCGCUGGUACCUGGACUGGUUCCACUGGAACUUUUCAUUCGCUUGGAUCAUAAUCAUGGUUGAACUGAUCGUAGGCACCGUCCCAGAACAUCCACCGAUCCGCCUGCUCUCUAUGCCAGUCACGACGAUGCUCUUCGUUUUCGGCACCGAACUACUGUUAGUCGACACCAUGCGGUAUUUCCACGUCCCCGCACCGUGCCGCAUAUCCUCUAUCCCCAAGGGCGCGCAACUCCGGCCUGGGAUCUACAGCUUGAUCGAAGACAUCUGCGCGGUCGACGGAUCUGGCGGAACGGAGUUCAGAGUGGCGUUGGACAGGAGAUAUGAAGCAAGUCAUGUGUUCAGAGCAAUGCUGAGACGCUUGGGGGUAUUCUGGGCGGUCGGGGCCGAAGCUUGCGCCGUGCUUUGCACGGUGUUGAUAUUCACUCUGGACGGCGAUGUUGCUUACACCAUCGGCUGGUCGCUGCCGUUCGUGUGGGCUGGAAUAUGGACAGGUGCUACGUUUUGGUAUGUGAUGAGGGAACUGAAGAGAGAAAGUAAGGCAUGGGCCGAGGAGGCGAGGAAGGCACUUUUGGCGAGCCCUAUGAAGAGCAUGAGGUCUGCCCUGCAGCUGGUAGUUGCGUUGUAUGCUCAAGUGAACAUGCAAAGCGGUCCUGAUGGUUGGGCCCAAAAGGCAAAUUGGGUUAUCUUGAAGGGAAACUCAUGCGUAAGGUUUUACAAAAGUUCUAGUGAGUAUAACUGUCCCAAUAGUGCUAAGACUUGGGAGCCUGCUUGCCAGAGCGUGGAUUGGUCGUCAUUUAUCCUUCAAGACUGGCAGAGUGGUGUGAUGAAGUCGUAUACUGUCUGGAAGCAAUGA